GAUAGACCGAGCGCAAAGUGACAAGACCUCCUCAUUCCGCGCUAUCACAUUCACUACGAUAUGGAUCGACGAAAGACAAAACAAUUGUGGAAAUAAGACGAGGAAUAAAGGCAAAUUCUGAUACAGUGAGACCAAGGAUUGCCAUUGGAUCACGUUAUACGUUGCGCUUGACAAUAAUCAUAUGCGCAAAAGCCGUUCGCCGGCCCUGGUUUCAAAGCGUACAAAGUGGAGGUUGCUCUGGGAAGUCUACUAAACUUUUGUUUAGCUUUUUUGCAUCCCAACGUUUAAACAUUUUCUCUUGGUUAAAUUGUGGAUUUUAUAUACAGAUUACGCGGGGGACCAAUAGCCUAUAGUGUGGAUUUCCCUAUUUGUUUACCUUUUUUGUUGUUUUAUUUUAUUAUAUAUCCUCGGGGAAGAAGAGACGUUCAAGAAGUUGAUUUUAGUGGAUUUAUCGCAGAUGCUUCGGUCUUGAUGGACAGAAUGGGAUUGUUACUUUGACCCAAGAUAUACCAAGGAUCAUUCGUAUUCAACUGGUUCACACUUUAAUUUGUUUUUAGAGCCCAAAACAUCCAGUUUGUUCAGUAACCCUCACCGCAACACACAACUGGAAUUCACAAUCAUGAACUUUGUUGUUUAUUUGGUACAAUUAUUUUUUGCGGCACAACUUCAUCUGUUAGCUGUAAAGGCUGCUUACAUACCCAAAGAGGGAGGGAAGAGCAAAAAUGAUGUAAUUCCCUUCAUGGACGUGUACAAAAAAAGCAUGUGUAAAACACGAGAGGUGCUGGUGGACAUCAUUCAAGAGUAUCCUGACGAGAUCGAGCACACAUACAUCCCAUCCUGCGUGGUUCUAACGCGCUGCGCAGGCUGCUGCAACGACGAGGCGCUCGAGUGCGUCCCUACAGAGACACAUAACGUCACCAUGGAGGUAUUACGGGUUAAACAGAGAGUAUCACAACACAAUUUUCAACUGAGUUUCACAGAACACACCAGGUGUGAAUGCAGGCCAAAGGAAGCAGUCAAAGUAAAGAAAGAAAACCACUGUGAGCCUUGCUCAGAGAGAAGAAAGCGCUUGUAUGUGCAGGAUCCUUUCACCUGUAAAUGCUCCUGCAAAUUCACACAAUUGCAAUGCAAGUCCAGACAACUUGAAUUAAACGAAAGAACUUGCAGAUGUGAAAAACCGAGAUGAUACGUCGAUCGCUGGGCAGAACUGAAGUGAAGGAAUUUUCUUACAGCACAGCACUUUUUAACCAUGAGAAUUCAUUCCCUGGACGAACUGAAACCAGAGUAUGAGACAUAAAGUGAAACGAGGGCAGCAGAAAUGAUCCCAAUGUAUAUUUUUGAAAUAAUAAUAUAUGAAUAUAUAGUAUAUAUCAAUAUAUGUUAAAUGACAUUGACGAAGUGUGUGGCUGCUAUCAUCUAAAUUUCUAUAAGCAAACGAAAACGCUAGAAGGCGUAUGAACAGGAUAUAACAGGAUACGCACCUUGGCCUGUGAUUGGAGAAGUGUCAGAGGGGUGGACAAAACAACACAUCGUAAUGCUUCCCUGGAACACGCCACUGUGGAUUCAUACUUAAAGACUAAAAUUGAGCUAUCGGGACUGAGAAGUAAACGUUGGCCACCUCCCCUCCACACUUUUAUAUGAACAUUUUUGGACUAAAAUACAAAUGAGGGGAAGUGUCAUAAUAAAGACUUUUUUUCAGACUGCUCGGCACGGGAUAUAAAUGCGGAACUUUCUAUUUCUGUGAUCUUAGUCAAAAGACAUCUGUACAUCUGUACUGACUAACAUCCAAUAGGACUUGACGUGAUAAUACUAAAGGGAUAUUAAAUAUAGGUAUAUAUAGAAGUUGGGGAGAAGUAAAAAAGUGACAUUCAAUAAAAAAUGGAGUCACACAGCUCACUAUAACUGAAUUAUAAUAAUUUCCAAAGAAAAUAAUUGCACAUCACUUUACGAACUGUCAAUGACCACACGAUAUCUGUAUAUACAUUAUAUAAUAUCCCUUUUUGUAGUUUAAUUUAUAAUUUUAGAAUAUGCUCAGUAUCUUGUGUAUUUAAUUUGGUCUAUUUAUAUACAGUGUUAUUGUUAAAAUUGUUUUUUCUUUGUUUCUUAUCGACAAUGUCACCAAUCUGAUAGCUGACACUACAACAUUCCUUAAAGCGUGUUUUGUAGUUUGAACAUUUUUGUAUUUUUUGAUUUUGGACAAGAACCCCACAGCUAUCAUUUCAUGAUUAAAAAACAAAACAAACCACAUCAAAACAUUUGUCUGUGAAAGUGCCUGAAUUUUUGGUUUGGUUUUGUUUUGUUUGUUUUUGUACAGUCUUCUUAUUAUAUUUAUUGGUGCUGUUAAAUAUUAACAUCUUUUCUGUAUUUUAGUAUGACUAUUAAACAUAUUUAUUUUCAAAUGAUAUUGUUUUUCAUUAAAGUAAAAAUGGA